UUAACGAUGCAGAGAUGUGAUUUGUUUACUUCCGACUUCAGACUUUCUUUGGAAAAUUGGGAGUAAACUGGAAAAGUGUGUUUGUUCGUCCCAUUGAUAUAUAAACAAAUGUUACCUUAUGUUUAUCUUUUUCUGUAAUAAGAAUGGCUGAUGAAGUGUUAUUUGAUCUGCUGCACUUGGAACUCGUCUCUACUUUUGCAGCAUCAGCGGAAGAAUGCAAAGACUUCGAUGUCUCGAAAUUAGAAACUGUGGGAUUUUGCACUGGUUACCGUUUGGUUGAAAGGCUAACUAAAGAAAGUUCUAGGUUUAAAGAUGAAUUAGAUAUAAUGAAGUUCAUAUGUAAAGAUUUCUGGUCCAGUGUCUUUAAAAAGGAAAUUAAUAAUCUUCGCACGAAUAAUCAAGGAGUAUAUGUACUUCAUGAUAAUGCCUUUAGAUUUUUAACAAAAGUUACAAAUAGCAAUCAAUAUUUAAAUGCCACACCAAAAUAUUUGGCUUUUACCUGUGGACUUGUUCGUGGAGCGUUGAUGAACUUUGGAAUAACAUCGGUUGUAACAGCUGAUGUUUCAUCUCCUCCAACAUGUAAAUUUCAAGUUGUCGCUCAACGUUUAUAGACUGUUUCGUGACCUGUAUUAUUAAUAUGAAAAGAAUUUGUACUAAUUUAAUAGUAACACUCUCAAUUUAUCUUCAAAUGUAUUGAGCCCUAUAUUCUGAAAAUCCUUGUAUGAAUUUAUUGUUGAAAAGUUUUUUUUUUUUUUUUUGUAAGAAAUAAAA